AGAGAGCGGGCCAGCUGUCUGCUAGAAGGCCAAUGGUUGUAAGCCGGCAGGUUGCUGGUUCAGGUGAAGUUAAUGAUAUUUGGCGGGUUCUGAGGGAAGCUGGACUCACUGGAAGAUUUUGGACCACUUCCAUUUAACAUGAAGAGGUAUAAUGAGGCUGAGAUCCAAAUCUAUAAUUGAACUUCUUAUGUUUCAUCUCCACCUUACAGCUUAACUUGAAGGUAUCUUUGAGUAUCUGUGGAGUCCCAAUGAGAAAUCCCAUAGCAAAGACUGUGGGAUCUUCCUUCUGACCCUAGAAGAUCCUGUUAAGUCUACAGACUUCAACAGAAUUGGAGAACCUGAACAGAGCAGAGUUACCAACAAGAGAGCCCAGGGAUAGCAUUAACAUGGUGGCCAUCCAAGACCCUCCUCAGCCAGCGAGACAUGGCAAGGCCUAUGAGGUCCCAGUAUCAUUUGAAGAUGUGGCAGUAGAUUUCAGUAGAGAGGAAUGGCAGCAAUUGGACUCUUCUCAAAGAUGCCUAUACCAGGAUGUAAUGCUGGAGAACUACAGCCACCUGCUCUCAGUGGGUUUUAAAGUUCCCGAAUUAGAGGUCAUCUUCAAGUUGGAGCAAGGAGAAGAACCAUGGAUAUUGGAGGAGGAAGCCCCACACAAGAGCUGUUCAGAUGCAAAGUUUAGGAUUAAGAAUUCAUGGAUAAGAAUUUCUGAAAAAGCUACAUUUUAUGGUGGAACAGUGGAUGAUGAUUCAAGAGAUGAUUUGUUGUAUUCCAUUUUAGAAGAACUGUGGCAAGAUUCUAAACAGAUGAUAAGAUACCAGAGAAAACAGAACAACCCUUUGAGUCAUGCUGCUUUUAAUAAGAAAAUAUUGAAUACCAAGAGGGAUUAUGAAUGUACAGACAUUGGAAAAUAUACACACCCAAGACCAAAUGCUGUUCCUUUACAGAAAAGACCCCAUAAGAAAGACUCAUUUGGAAAGCAUUUUAAACAUAAUAAAAACAAAGCAACAAAGAAUUUUGACAAAAUAAUGGGCCAUAGGCUAUUUUUUGCCCACAGUAGUUCUUAUACUAACCUCAAAAAUCCACAUAUGGGAACAGAAUUCUGGGAAAGUAAUAAGUAUGGAAAAGUCCUCAGAAUCCAGCAUACACUUAGUCAAAGUAUAAAAUAUCCUGUUGGGGAAAAGGCAAAAACAGGUGCUGCAUUUGGAAGGAUAUUCACCCCAAAAUCACACCUCUUCAUUCCUUCCAGAAUUCACAAUGUGGACAAACCUCAUGAACUUAGCAAAUGUGUGAAUGUUUUUACACAGAGGCCACUACUUAGUAUAUAUUUGAGAGUUCAUAGAGAUGAAAAACCAUACAUAUAUACUAAAUGUGGGAAGGCAUUCAUCCAGAAUUCUGAAUUAAUAUUGCAUGAGAAAACUCACAUUAGAGAAAAACUCUACAAAUGCAAUGAAUGUGGAAAAUCAUUUUUCCAUCUGUCAUCUCUACUUAGGCAUCAGAUAACCCAUACUGAAGAAAAACUCUAUAAAUGCAGUGAAUGUGGUAAAGACUUCCCCUUGAGCUCAACCCUUACUAUACACCAGAAAAUUCAUACUGAGAAGAGACAUCACAAAUGUAAUGAGUGUGGGAAGGCCUUUACCCAAAAGUCAACACUCUGAAUGCAUCAGAGAAUUCACACAGGCGAGAGGUCCUAUAUAUGUACUGAAUGUGGGCAGGCCUUCAUCCAGAAGGCACACUUGAUUGCACAUCAAAGAAUUCAUACUGGAGAAAAGCCUUAUGAGUGCAGUGACUGUAUAAAAUCCUUCCCUUCUAAGUCUCAACUUAAAAUGCAUAAGCGAAUUCAUACAGGAGAAAAACCUUACAUAUGCACUGAAUGUGGGAAGGCUUUCACCAACAGGCCAAAUCUCAAUACUCACCAGAAGUCUCAUACUGGAGAGAAGUCUUACAUAUGUUCUGAAUGUGGAAAGGCCUUCACUGACAGGUCAAAUUUCAAUAAGCACCAGACCAUUCAUACUGGGGAAAAACCCCAUGUUUGUGCCAGUUGUGGGAGGGCCUUCAUCCAGAAGUCAGAGUUGAUUACACACCAAAGAAUCCACACUAUGGAAAAGCCUUAUAAAUGUCCUGACUGUGAGAAAUCCUUCUUUAAGAAACCACAUCUCAAAGUACACCAGCGAAUCCACACAGGAGAGAAACCAUAUAUAUGUUCAGAGUGUGGGAAGGCCUUCACUGACAGGUCUAAUUUCAAUAAACACCAGACAGUUCACACUGGGGAUAAACCUUAUAAAUGCAGUGACUGUGGAAAGGGCUUCACUCAGAAAUCAGUUCUUAGUAUGCAUCGUAGUAUUCAUACAUAAAAGUAACCCUGCUUCAUCAAAACAAGACAAUCUCAUGACAGAAGUAAAAUCUAAGUGUAUGUUAUAAGAUUCAUCAAAGAGAGACACUGUGUGAAUGCCUCACCCGAAGCAUUAUCCAGCUUAUCACCUGAGAUAAGUUAUUUUGAAAAGACCCUUUAAGAAUACAUUGGAAAAGGGGAAAUUUCUAUAUUUGCAUGGCCUCACAAAAAACAUAAUGGAAUUUAUAUUGGGAAAAUAAUGUUAGAAAUGUCUUCUUAUAGGAAGUAUUAAAAAAUAAAUUGUUAUAAAAUAUUUUUAAAGAUUUCAAAAUUAUGCAAAUUUUAGUAAUGUUAUAGUAAUCAAUUAAAAGUAAGGCCAAAAUGAGUUAUAAAGCAACAAAAUAAUGUAUUUGUGUAAAACUCUGAGUUGUGUAGAGUGUUUGUGGUGAAAUACACUGUGUAAUAAUGAAGGAUAAUUGAAGUUCCUUUUUAAAAUUAGAAUGAUUGUGUCUAUCAAAUAUAUUUACCACUGAAUAUUCCUUUCAAGUGUAUCCACAAGUCAAAAGUCAUUUUGAUUUUGUGUGUAUACACAUCUGCAGAUAUAAUUUUCUAUGGACACAUAAAAUUAUCCCACCAUUCAUUCUGGAGACCAUGAAAUAGUAUUCUUAUUUUUCUUUCAUUUUGGUAGAAAGACAGUAGCCACAGAUUCCUCUCAUCUUUUUGUUUGUUUUUCAAGACAGGGUUUCUCUAUAUAACAGUCCUAGCUGUGCUGGAACUCGCUUUGUAGACCAGGCUGGCCUUGAACUCAUGGAGAUCCACCUGCCUCUGCCACCUGAGUGCUGGGAUUAAAGAUGUGCACCACCACUGCCCUGGUGCCUCUCAUCUUUUUAUGAAUGCCCUUUUGUAGUGUUACUUUGUUGUAUUUUUGUAAAGAAGUAACUUCUCUUUGCUCCUUGACUUUGAUUUUGACUAUGACUGGCUUUGGCUAGAGGACUUUAAGAAAGAGAAUUUAGAAGUGAAAGCCUGCCUCAGGGUUUACCCUUUCUACAUGCUCUUUGGAAUUCUGAGACCUCUACAUGAAAAAUCUCAGAUCACCCUACUGGGAGAUUUACGAAACCACAUAGAGCAGUCCAACCCAGCUCAACUGGGAUCUGAUAGGCCAAAUAUCUUGCCAGUUGUUAGACAUAGGAGUGAAGCUUACUAGAUUUCUAGUCCCAUCUAAGGCACUCCAGCCCAGAAUAGCCAUAUCAGUUAUUUUAGCCAAACUGGCAUUGUGAAAUAAUCACUAUUUUAAAUAGCUGCAUUUUGGGCUGGUUCGUUGCAUAGCAAAUGCUAAGUAAUAUGUAAAAGGAUAUUAAUAAUGGCCUUGGGUAUCAGGUAGAGAAUAGAAAAAUAAUGAGGAGAGCUUAGUAAAAGGUAGCCCGCAUUACUUAGUAAGGGAAAAGUAGAAAGAUAACCACAGUUCUCUGUGGGAGGAUAAAGAAUAUGUCAAAUGAACUUGUGGAUCUUACUUAAGGAGAUUUGUGAUACAAUAGAAGUAUCACUUUGCUGCUUUUAGCUGCAUAUGAUAAAGUACAGAAAAGGAAAGAUAAAUUCAACAAAUAACUAUUCCAACUGGCAAGCAGAAUCAAAAGUAAUACCAAAAAGGCAAGACUUGAGGGGUUGAGAAAUAACUGUUUUACAUAGGUAAUCACCUAGUUAUCAAAAUAUCCUCAAGGUAUAUAAACUGUCCUGGGGUAAAGGUCAGCCGUGGGUGUGUCUGUACAAGUCUUUAUUACAAUAUGUAUAAUACUGCAUUGGUGCUGAACUAGUGAGUACUUCUAUGUAAUAUUUCACAGUACUUUGACAAACUGCUCUAAAUAUAGAGAGGCUUAUCAUAAAGAGUCAUUGAUGUGACAUUUGGGGCAUGAACUAGCUCAAACAAGAUCCAUAGAAAACUAAAGAAAGUUUUGCUCUUGAAAUUACCUCAAGAUCGGUCUUAAAGUGACUGAAAUAAUUCAAAAUGAAAAGUGGUUUGGACAACUCUACCUAACAUCUACAAGUAUGAUAUUAGCUGAGAAAUUUACUUAUCUAGUUGUAAAUAUGGAUCAGUUAUUAUGGGAAAUGCCAGAGGUCUCAGAAGGAAGACCCAAGUAUAAUAUUUUAAAGUGAACGGGAGAGCCAUUCUCAGGGAAAAUUGUGCCCUAAUCAAGAAGCAGUAUCUGCUCCUAGAAUAAAGGGAACUGGACUAUGUUUGUUGGAUUUCAGAAUUGUUUUGGUAUGAAACUGUGUGAUGUGGGCUUCUUGUUUCUCCUCUUUUAGACUUGGAGUAUCUAUUAUAGUCACCCUAUUCCCAUGCCACCCUAUAUACAUAGUAUUUGUGUUUUGGGAGGAAGAUAAAAAAUGUCAUUUAUCUCACAGGUAUCUGAAUGUAAAAAGUUGAGAAACUAUUCAGGAUCCCUAGCCAAAUCUGGGCUUGACAUAGAAGACUUGAAAUCCUAGAUAUGAGCUUGAUGUCAUCAUGUGGCUGAGAUAUUUGAAGGGCCAGGACAGACAGUGGAUAUAUUUUUCAUGGGAUUGUACUAUGAAUAAUGUGUGACCAGAAGAUACACUAUUUUAGAAAAAAAAAUGCUAUGUAGUUCUCUUAGGAGUCCAGAGCCCCUAUGUACAAAAGGUCUAGAAUGUGCUGUUGGAAGAUGAGAGACCAUAUGGAACUCUGAUGAAGCAGACACGCCAUGCCUGCUAAGGCAACCUAGACUAACUAGAUUUUCAACUGCCGACACGUGAAUGGAGUUAUCCUAGCUACUCAACCCUAGUAAAAACAACUGGACAGCAGUCUCUGGUAUGAUCCUGAGUGAUGCUUACCUCUUGGUAUUCAUGCUCUUAUACUAUGCCCCAUCCCCCCAGAUUUGGGCUGGAUUUAGUGAACCAAAUGAGGCAGAGGUAAUAAGAUGUCACUUCCAAGAUAAGGUUCUGUGGCUUCUGUUUGGGGUGUGCUCUUAGUUUUUCAGAUGGCUUACUGUACAGGAAGCCAACUGUCAUUUCAUUUGAUAGCCCCGUGGAAAUACCAAGUGAGAGAAUUUUGUGGAAUGUAUCUUCCCUAAAUAUGAUCUUCAGAGGAUACCAGAGCCAAAUAGCUUGAAUAUAACCUUUUAAGUUGAGACCUUCAACCUGAGGCCCUCUUCUGAGCUAUACCCAAAUUUCUGAUCCACAAAAAUUAGGAGAAAACAAAUGUUUGUUUUAAGCUGCUACAUUUUAGUGUGAGUUUUUUUUUCUGACAACAAUAGGAGAGUAAGAUACUAGUCAUCCAUCCCAAACUAAUGUACUGGAGGACUAAAAUGUUUAGUUUAUUAUUUUAAGGCACCAAGUUUGGGGUAGCUUAUUCCCAGAAAGAAAAAGCUACCUGUUACUCCACUACUGAAUUUCCUCUUCAGUUAUUCAUCUCUCACAAAUUGAGGAGUAAUCAACAACGAUGAGCACUUUGAUAUUCAGUAUUGUGUGUAGACAUUUGUGUGUUACUAUGCAUGUAGCUAGUUAUUUGCUGUUUUGGUUUUUGAAAGUAGUAGAUUCAUAGCUGGAGAUGUAGCUCAGUUGACAUACUACUUGCCUAGCAUUCAGGAAACCCUGGUUUCUGUCCUCCUUAGCCCCAUAUAAAAACCAGGUAUGGUGAUACAAGUCUGUAAUUCCAACACUGGAGAGGAAGCAGGAUGUUCAUAGUCAUCCUUAGGGAGUUUGAGGUCAGCUUAAGCUAUAUGAGACCCUGCCACCACCCUCACUCCACCCUCCAUCACAGAAAAGUAGUGUUGUUUACAAUCAUCUGCUUUGACUGGGAAACAGAAGUAUGCUUACUUCCUGGGACUUCUUUAAUAAAGUGCCAUAAUUUUGGUGGCCUAAAACAACAGAAGUAUUUUAUCUCACUAGAAUUUAUUAUCUUUGUAGAAUAAGUCAAAAUCAAGUCACCAUAAAGUUCACACUCUUCCUAAAGGCAUUAUAAAACUAACUUCUCCAUGCCUGUCACUGCCCCCAUCCCUUUGAGACAGGUUCUCACCAUGUAGCCCUGGCUGGCCUAGAACUCACUAUGCUGGACUCAAAGAGAUCUGCUUGUCUUUCCUCCCUAGUGCUGGGAUUAAAGGUAUGUGCCACCACUUCAGCCCUUGUCUCACUUUUAGCAUCUGGUAGCCUCAGGUGUUAAAAUUGUAGGCAUAUCACUCCAUGGCCAUAUUCUGUGUUUCUUUGUGUCUAAAUUUCCUCCUUUGUAAGGUUACCUGUUAUAUGGUGUUAGUGCCCACUCUACUAACUUCAUUUAAACUAUAUUACAUUUGUAAAGACUUUCCAAAUAAGGUCAAUAUUUGAUGUACUGAGGUUAGGAUUUCCAAUCCCACUAUCUCUUUCCCCUCCUCCUCCUCUUCCUCCUUUUCCUCUUCUUCCUCCUUCUCCAAAAAAACCUUAAUGAGCCGGGCGGUGGUGGCGCACGCCUUUAAUCCCAGCACUCGGGAGGCAGAGCCAGGCGGAUCUCUGUGAGUUCGAGGCCAGCCUGGUCUCCAAAGCGAGCUCCAGGAAAGGCGCAAAGCUACACAGAGAAACCCUGUCUCGAAAAACCAAAAAAAAAAAAA